AUGCAUGUGCAUACUUCUUGCGGUUCUCUCUCUCUCUCGAGUCUGCAACGAGACGUGCCAGUCGCAUGCCUCUGUCUUGUCUCUCUCUCUCUGUGCAACGACCGAUAAACGGGCUUACACACGCAUAUAGAUAUAUCAAACAUUUUAUUCGUCAUCGAGCAGAAACUUGACGCUUCGUGUGUGCUCCUCUUCUACUGCUUUUGCUGCUGCUGCUCCCGAGUGCUGCUGCUGAGUUAGCUUUAAACGCAUUUAUAGCGAGCGAGGCUUGCUGCUGUCUUGUAAAAUGGUUCAGAAGGAGGAUGUCUCUCUCACAAUUUUGUUCAUUUACACCAAUUCAAAUAAUCAACAGACAGUUCGAUGUGAGUUAAUUCCUCAAGAUGCAGAGACACUACUUGAAACUAUUAGAAUAAACACGCAACGUUUGGAUAAACAUGAUGACGACUAUCGUUCAGAGGAAUGUGUAUUUCAUGUUAAGACAUCUGAGGGGGAUGAAACUUUAACUCUCGAAGAGUUCAAACAAAGAAUUGAAGAAAUUAUGUCAGAAUCAGUUAGACGUUUUGUUCCAAUAGAAGUUCAUGUUGACAUUGGAGAUGAUAAACUUGCUGUUCCUGUGGACAAAGCACCUGAUCCAUAUAAUAUGAUUGUUAUAUUUGUACGUCAUUAUGCAAACAAAUCAAUCAAGGAAACACAAGAAUUUUCGAAUGACAAUGAACUCUUUGUUCAACGAGUUGAAACUAUGUAUGGAGAAGGUUCAAAAUGCAUAACUAUCAAAUUGGCUUCUGAAAAUCUACUAGCUGUUAAAAAUUUAAAAGACUUAGAAGAACGUAUUCCGGAUUUAAAGGCAUUGAAACUGUUGAAAUAUAUUCCUUUAGAAGUUCAUAUCAAUUUGCGUGAUGAAACGUAUCCAGAGGAUAACUUGCAAUACAGCCCAACAUAUCCUACAAAUGAAUUUUCCGAUAAUAGUUUUGAAAAUAACAAUAGACAUAAAAUGACUGAAGAUGAUGAAACAAAAUUAAAUGAUAAUUUGGAUUAUCAUUCAAAUCACAGAGACUCUCUAGAGAACUAUGAUUCUCCAAAAAGAAUCAUUUGCGAUAAUUCAGAAGACAUUGAGCAAAAUUAUGUUGGAUUAGUAAAUCAGGCUAUGACAUGUUACUUAAACAGUCUUCUUCAAGCUUUGUAUAUGACUCCUGAAUUCCGUAAUGCUUUAUAUAAUUGGGAAUAUAAGAUAACUGAUGUAGAUUCUGAAAUUAAAAGUAUCCCUUAUCAAUUGCAAAAACUUUUUUUAAAUUUGCAGACGUCAUCCAAACCUGCUGUAGAAACAACUGCUUUAACAACAAGCUUUGGUUGGAAAUCAUGUGACGCAUGGCUCCAACACGACAUACAAGAAUUAUGUAGAGUAAUGUUUGAAGCUUUAGAAACAAGGUUCAAAAAUACUCCUCAAGCUGAUCUUAUAAAUAGACUGUAUGAGGGUAAGAUACAUGAUUAUGUAAAGUGCCUGACAUGUAACACUGAAAAAUCAAGAGAUGAUACUUUCCUUGAUAUCCCAUUGCCAGUAAGGUCAUAUGAUUCUAGUGUAACUUACGAGAGUGUGGAACAAGCCUUAGAAGCAUUUGUAAAAUAUGAAACUCUGGAGGGAAAUAAUCAAUAUUUUUGUGAAAAAUGUAAUAAAAAAUCAAACGCUCAUAAAGGACUCAAAUUUACCAAAUUUCCAUAUAUUCUUACACUUCAAUUGAAGCGUUUUGACUUCGAUCACAAUGCAUUGUUUAGGAUUAAGCUGAAUGAUAGAGUGGAAUUUCCUGAAAUUUUGAAUUUGAAUUCAUUUAUCGAACCAACAUCAAAUCAAGAAUCGCCUUGUCAUACCGAAGACGCCGGCAUAAAUUCCAAAAUCACUGAUACUUUUCCUGAUGAUAAUGCCACAGAUGAUGACUGUUCUUCAAAUGAUGCAACAUUCAACAGUAAUCACGUAAACAAUCAUGAUGAUGAUGAUGAAGGUAUUGGAGAUAUGAGUAAUGGUUUGUCAUCAUCAUCUUGUAGUUUGCACAAUCACAGUAAUGAGAUAUUACGAGAAAAAUAUGCAGCAGCAAAAGGACCAUACAUAUAUGAACUAUUUUCUAUUAUGAUCCAUAGUGGUAGUGCUAGUGGUGGACAUUAUUAUGCCUACAUAAAAGACUUCAGAACCAAAAAGUGGCUUUGUUUCAACGAUCAAACUGUAAAACCUAUUACUCAAGAAGAAAUUAUUAAAUCUUAUGGUGGGGGUGACAGAGGAUCGAAUUUUAGUGCAACGUAUCGAUGUAGUACAAACGCUUACAUGCUCAUGUACAGACAAAUAGAUCCUGAGCGAAAUGUUCUACCAAUGCAAGUUGAAGAUUUUCCACCCCACAUCAAGACUCUUGUUGAAAAAAUGAAUGAGGAUAAAGUAAAUGGCUUGUAUAAAGAAAGUGUCGAAAGUCUGUAUGAAAAAAUUGUAUAUUAUAAGCAUCCAAAAACUGGCGUGCUUGAAAGUGUCAAAGUAUCAGUUAAUAACAGUUAUAAAUUAAGUCAACUAGUUGAAUGUGUAUAUCGCAGAGCUAAUCUUGAAAAUUUUGUUGAACUUGACCAAUGCCGAAUUGUUUCCUAUAAUCUUAAAUGUGAUCUUGUUAAUCAGGACUAUUUCAAUAAAGAAUCAGAAGAAUUAAGUGAUAUCUCAGAGCGUGGAUGGUUGCCAGAAUUGUUGUUAGAUAUAAGGAAAAAAGAUGAAGUUUUCCAUAGAUACAUUAGUCCUGUUAUAUUCACCAAGGUGUUUGUAAUUGAUGUCAUAAAAAGAGAAUAUGUCGAUGGACCUAAAUACAUUAGAGCUCAUGGGGGCCCUCAUGCUAUGACAGGCAAACAAUAUAAGGAGGAGCUUCGGAAACAUUUCGAUUUUGAUCUUAAUUCCAUCAUCAUAAUGUACCAAGAUCCAUAUGAACACUACAUUUUGAACGAUAAUGAUGUUUUCAAACGACCAUAUGAUGAUAAUCUGAAAGUUAGCAUUGGCAUCGGCUACGAUCCUGAUACUCUGAAAAGUAUUACGAGUAAAAUGUUUCACGAUUUUGUUGAAAGUCUAGAUAGCCUUAUAACAUUUCAAAUAGAUUCAAGUAACAUUAAUGAAAAAAGUCUAGCAGCAGCGAAAGUUCCUUCUUAUGAUGAUUAUGUUUCCCAUAAUGAGAAAAUCAAAGAAAGUAAUCAUGUUGAAAAAGAAGAUAAAAUGAUUUGUGUCUUAAAUAACGAAGAAGAAUCUGCUUCUUUAGAUUACUGCUCAAUAACAUCCGAUUUUUCCUCCAAAAAAUCUCAAAAAAUUUCUACUGAAAAGAAAAUUAAAUCAAACGUAGAAUGGGUGCACGAAAGAAAGCAAUUUUCAACGAAUUCAACUUUGAAAGAAACUGAAAAUCUUGUAAAUAAAAUAUCAAUUACUACAUCAGAUAAAGUCAAUGGUCUCGAAAACACAACUUGUGAAACGUGGAAGUCAAUCCAGGAUUCAAAGAAAGUGAGCGAAAAUACAACUUCUGCAUCUUCAAUGUCUUCUGCAGAUGACUGGAUAACACAAGAAACCAGUAAUAGCGAGGAUAGUAGUUUAAGUGAUAGUGACAGAACAUUGGUAGGCGAUGCACCAGACCACUCUGAACUUGAUGUUGAUACUGCAUUUUCCCCUACAUCUGUGCUUCGACCAAAUUCAUAUUUUAUCAAUGAAAAUUCUCAAGAAGAUGUGAAUGUUCACAAGUACUUCAAAAUUGUAAAAUUGCCACAGCCUGACAUUUGGGAGAUAACAAUGGAUGAUUCAUUCAAUGAAGAUAAAUUAAAAGAAAGAUUAGAACCUCAUUUUAAAAUUCCCAGAAGUUACUUCAGUAUUGGUGAUAUCAAUGUGGAGGAUAUCCCAAUGUAUUCUCCAACGAGGUUCCGAGACGAUAAAAAAUAUUACAUCAAUUUAGGAAGAGUUGUUUUGCCUGACGAAGUUAAAGUAAACGUCUAUAUUUUAGAAAUGAAUUCUCGUUUGCCUCUGUUCAAAUCAUUCAAUGUCAUAUUGAAGAAAAAAAUGGAACUCAGUGAACUCAAAAAAGAAGUGAUUUCUGCACUCAAAGAAAAUUAUGAUAUAACUUGGCCAUGUGAAAAGUGGCGUUUCUUAGAAUAUAAUAAUGACAGUAUAGGGGAUGUAUAUGAUCAGGAUACGUGUUAUAUUUCUGUAAAUUAUGAGCUAUGCAUUCAGAAAAUGGAAGAAGCUAAGCUGAGUGAAUCUGAAGUUUUGUUGUAUAUUAAGAGGUGGAAUCGAUCAGACGGAACUAUGGAUGAGCCUGAAGAAUUGAUUGUUGAAAAAUCUGAAUUUUCACAACAGUUGAUAGAAAGAAUAUCUAGUAAAUCAAAAAUUCCUGAGGAAGACUUAGAAUUUGCAACUUUUCCCCCCGCUCCGAAAUCCUCCGUCCACAAUGAUAGUAUAGAAAGUCUCCUCUGGAAGUCUCAAAUUACACAAACUGAAGUAGAUUUUAAAACUUACCUUUUAUACAGGAAUUCAAAGGAAACGCCGCGAGUGGACGACAGAAGUCGAAGUUAUCCAUAUGUGGCGUCAAAUCGAGAUACAAGUCUACAGACACAAUUGUCAUCUUCAUCAUUAUGCAGGCGACCACGAAGAACGGAAAAAGCCCUUAAAAUCCAUGUUGACUCAAAAUGAUCCGCUGAGGACCAUUCAUGCUGAGUAUUAUUCUCAGUGUCCAGUUAGCGAAUUAUUUGUUUUGAAAAAGUAAAUGAUUAUGAGUAUAUAUUGGAUUUAAUUUUACUUGUCACAGCCAAAAAAAGCAUGCAUUGCUUUAUUAAGGAGUUAAUGAGCAUUAAUUAUCGUUGACUCAUACAUUUUAAUACAUUGCUUAUUAUUUACUAUCAAUAAAAAAAACUGUGUGAUUGUGUGAACUGAAUGAAAAAAGUGAAAAAGUUGUUACUAUUUUGUCAUAGUUAUCAUACAAGAUGAAAGAGUGAAUGGAAUUACACUAGAAAAUAAAAAUCUUUCAAUGCCAUAUAGUUAUGUACUAUUUGUGUACAGACAUUCAAUUAAGAUACUCGUACAUGCGACGUAUACUGUUAAAAAAGGUAGGCAAAGAGUCAGAAGAUUUAUUUUUUUACAACUUUUCUGGCUUUUCUGUCUCUAAUUCCAUAGUAUUUUUAAAGGCUACGUUUCAUCAUAGUAUAAAAAUAUUCAAAAUCAAUAAAACUUUCUAAUACAAAACAAUACAUUAUUUCAAGCUUUUCGAAAUGAUACUUGUUCAAGUUGACAAAUUUAAAUAGCUUUCUAAUUUCUCAUUAUUGUGUUAUUUCAAAAAUAUUUUUCUCAAAAUUCCAAUCGUUAUUUUUUUUAAAGUAUUUCAAUUUCAUUGCAUUAUGUUACUUAUGAUACCUCUAAGACAAAUAUAUACAUUGUAAAUAAACAUUUUUUAAACAUGAUGAAAAAUAGCACUCUACAUAUUCGCACAAUUGUAAAUGAGCCAUUGAAUUUUAAAAAAUAUGAUGAUUCUUGUGAAUAAUGGGUGCAAGUGUCAGAAAAAUUCAGGUAAACUACCUUAUUUACGAUAAAAAAAAGAGAAAAUCAAUUGCCGUAGGUUUGCAUUUAUCGCAAUUGAUAUUUUGCGAAGCAUUUGUUGAAAAUUUUUUAAAUGACAAAAAUGAAAAAUUGAUUGUCAAGUCUUGCACACGGUCGAUUUAUUUUUUCCAACACAACUGAAUUCUAAAAUUAUUAUUCGUAACUAAAAUUUUGAUAAAUUAUUUUUCUCGUGUUAUUUGUAUUUGUUGUUCUAUCUCUUUAAGUGAAAAAGUAGAUGGAUUCGGAAUUAAUUAUGAUUAUUGAAUUAACGUAAUACUAUAAAUGUGGUUUUAAUAUUUUUGAGCUUUGUCAUAAUAUUGUUGUCAUCUAUAAAUUGGAAAAAUAUUCGUUACAUCUUUUGGCAAUAACUUUAGAAUUAUAAUCUAUAUGAUAGCCAUUUCGUUAUGUUCUUCUACGAUCCUAAACACAUCCAAGUUCAGAGAUUUUUAAAAUCAUGUGAAGCAGUAUUUUAUAAAAGCAUGCAAGUACACAAUGUUUUUCAUUUUGUUAUCGUUUUUAGAUCUGGACUUGGUUGAAA